UUCUCUAGGUUAAACAGCCACGGAUAACCUGUCAAUUUGUUAUCAAUUAGUCGCGGGAAUAAACGCUAUUUUCUGAUUAAUGAAUGAAGAGGGGUGGAUUAAUAAUGAGUGAUGUAAAAAACGUCAUCAACUUAUUAUGCAAACACAUUGGCCAAUGCACGGAAGUGCAAGUACAUCCGGAGUAUUUCAAAGCAGCCAAAUAUAAUGAAGAUUCACCGGAAGUUGUUCAAUGUUUUUGGACGGUUUUAAAUAUUCUGAGUUAUUACGCAAUCAAGAAAACACAGCCAGGAAUCGAUUUUCAACAUUAUGAUGAAUUGAAAUCUACGAAAUUAUACUUUGCAUAUCUUCAGUAUCCGAGCAUCGAAUUCUACGGCUUAUUAGAUAAAAAUGCCAGAAAUAAUCGAGAACUUUUAUUGGCAUUAGCCUGGCUCAUCGGUAUGCACAAUGUUUUGGAAACUGCGAUGAGGUUCAAACUGGUUGAGAGUAUUUUAGGUGGAGAAUGUGUGCAGAGCGGUGAUUCACUGAAACGUAAACAAGAGGAGAAUAAUGAGAACGAAAAUGUGUCGUCAGAGCUGAUCGAUCAAAUUCAUUCGAUCGUACACAAGUGCAUGACAGUGAGUAAUAAUUUGAAGGACAUUAAUGAACUCAUCUCUGAGAGGAUUAAAUCAACGAGUAAAGUACAUGCAGCGUCUUCAAACAGCUGCGGACUCCCACAUUUGAAUGUACCGGAAAUGAGCAUCAUUAAACAAUUUGUGACGCAUGAGGAUAAAUAUUCAGAGCACAACGAAAAGAAUCUUGUUGAUUUACAGCGAUUGGGAGUUAUGCUUGAGACACAUUCUAUGUGGAGGAGAAACGAGGAAAUUUUUUUCGAUUGGAUGGGGACAGUACUCGAGGAGCACAAGCGAAGUCCAAUGACAGAAUUCUCCGAAAAGACUGUGGACGAAUUUUCCACAUUCAUUUGCAUUCUUCGGCACUUGACAAAGAAAAAAAUCCACUCACUGAAGCAUUCUGAUGGCCUCGCUGGGGAAAACAUCUCGAAGAUUCCAUGUACCUCCAGAUUUUCAAGAACUCAGGAGAGAAACACUAAUGCAAAUCUCUGGGGUUCUGAAAUUUCUCAACGACUCGAAGAAGAGCAAGCGAAAACCUCCGAAAAAAUGAAGGAAUUGGCAUCAGAAUUGAAAGCAAUGCUCAAGUCAAUUCCUAAUUGCAUUCAGAUUUGAUGUGAGAUAAAAUUGAACUGACGUUCAUUUCAAUAUUGUAAUAACACAUCGUUAAAUAUUGGGAACGUGAUAUUAAUGUUCGUUCAAAUUGAGUUUUGCAUAACAUUUUUUAUUAUUGAAGGUGAAAACUAAAUGAAAAUUAUAAGGUUCCGUGUCUUAUUUUCCCUGACACUUUUUCCUCAUGCCACUUCUUCCCUCUCUUUUUCUCCCUCCGACAUUUAUCCAUACGUACGGACACGGUCUAAAAAUUGUAUUUUCGGACUUUUUGGAUCAUAAUGAGUCGAUAUAACACAAACAAUCAAAAAAUUAAACUUUAACGAUUACAGUGCUUCCACUCAGAAGCACAAAGACAAAAAAGAGGAAUAAAGUAAACUCGCUCCUUGGUGAGAUAAACGAAAUAAAUUCAACGAUGAACAAUAA